CAAUGAUACUAUACUAAUUUCAACGCUUGUACUUAACUCUCUGUAUUCGUGAGGAGACACUAAUAAUGUAGAAUGGCCAUGCUUACUAUUUUCCUUCUUGUCAGCAAGCUAAUUUUUUUCUUCUCUAAAUUUGCAGCCGCAACAGAUACCAUUAACCAGUUUGAGUCACUUGAAGAUAACACGACCUUGGUUUCAAAUGAUGGAACCUUUGAGUUGGGUUUCUUCAUCCCAGGCAGUACGUCCCCAAACCGCUAUCUCGGAAUCUGGUACAAAAACAUACCAAUCAGAACCGUGGUUUGGGUUGCCAACCGUGAAACUCCAAUUAAAGACAACUCCAGCAAGUUAAACAUAACCCCAGAGGGCAGCCUUGUACUUCUCAAUCAGAACAAGACCGUUAUUUGGUCAGCAAACCCUACAACAAAAGGUGUCGUUGUGGUGGCACAACUGUUAGACUCAGGCAACUUGGUCCUAAGAGACGAGAAAGACACGAAUCCUGAAAACUACUUGUGGCAGAGCUUUGACAACCCCACAGACACGUUUCUACCCGGAAUGAAAUUGGGAUGGGACUUGAAGAAAGGCCUCAAUACGGUCCUAACCGCUUGGAAAAACUGGGAUGACCCUUCUCCAGGGGACUUCACAGACAUUACUUUACGUACCAAUUAUCCUGAAGAGGUUAUGUGGAAGGGCACAACAAAGUACUGGAGAAGUGGCCCGUGGGAUGGGACCAAAUUUAGCGGUAACCCCUCUGUCCCAUCCAAUGCAAUAGUAAAUUACACGAUUGUGUCAAACAAGGAUGAAUUUUAUGCUACAUAUAGCAUGACUGAUAAGUCAAUAAUUUCAAGAAUCGUGAUGAAUCAAUCACUUUAUGUUCGUCAGCGUCUAACAUGGAAUACAGAUAGUCAAACUUGGAGGGUGUCUUCGGAGUUGCCGGGUGAUUUAUGCGACCACUAUAACACUUGUGGCGCAUUUGGGAUUUGUGUCGCUGGUCAGGCACCUGUGUGCAAGUGUUUAGAUGGAUUCAAGCCAAAAUCACCUCGGAAUUGGAACCAAAUGAACUGGAAUCAAGGGUGCGUCCACAACCAAACUUGGAGCUGCAGGGAAAAGAACAAGGAUGGUUUUACAAAAUUCAGCAACGUGAAGGCGCCAGACACUGAAAGAUCGUGGGUUAAUGCAAGCAUGACACUUGGGGAAUGCAGGGUCAAAUGUUGGGAAAAUUGUUCCUGCAUGGCUUAUGCAAAUUCAAAUAUCAGGGGAGAAGGUAGUGGUUGUGCCAUUUGGAUUGGAGAUCUCUUAGAUAUAAGACUGAUGCCAAAUGCUGGACAAGAUCUGUAUAUUAGAUUGGCGGUGUCUGAAACAGCUCAACAAAGUCACGAUCAAAAAGAUAAUUCAAACAAAAAGGUGGUUGUGAUUGCCAGCACCAUUUCCUCUGUGAUUGCUAUGAUAUUAAUUUUCAUAUUCAUUUACUGGAGCUAUAGAAACAAAAAUAAAGAGAUCAUCACUGGCAUCGAAGCAAAGAGCAACGAAAGCCAACAAGAAGACUUUGAGCUACCUUUAUUUGACCUUGUCUUAAUAGCACAGGCCACAGAUCACUUCUCAGAUCACAAGAAGCUUGGCGAAGGUGGUUUUGGGCCCGUAUACAAGGGAACAUUACCAGAUGGACAAGAGGUCGCGGUUAAGAGACUUUCACAAACAUCUAGACAAGGAUUAAAAGAAUUUAAGAAUGAGGUUAUGUUAUGUGCUGAACUCCAACAUCGAAAUCUUGUUAAAGUUCUUGGAUGUUGCUUUCAAGAUGAUGAGAAAUUGCUCAUAUACGAAUAUAUGUCCAACAAAAGCUUAGACGUCUUUCUUUUUGACUCUAGUCGAAGUAAACUUCUUGACUGGCCUAAGCGUUUCUGCAUUAUAAAUGGAAUAGCUCGAGGACUACUUUAUCUUCAUCAAGACUCAAGACUAAGGAUCAUACACAGAGAUCUUAAAGCAAGUAAUGUUUUACUAGAUAAUGAAAUGAAUCCAAAAAUUUCAGAUUUUGGAUUGGCUCGAAUGUGUGGAGGUGAUCAAAUUGAAGGGGAAACAAGCAGAAUAGUUGGUACAUAUGGUUAUAUGGCACCUGAAUAUGCCUUUGAUGGAUUAUUUUCCAUUAAAUCGGAUGUGUUUAGUUUCGGCGUAUUAUUGCUAGAGAUAGUAAGUGGCAAGAAAAAUAGCAGACUCUUCUAUCCAAAUGACUACAAUAAUCUCAUUGGGCAUGCAUGGAGGUUGUGGAAAGAGGGAAAUCCAAUGCAAUUCAUUGACAGUAGUUUGGAGGACUCAUGCAUUCUAUAUGAGGCCUUGCGUUGCAUUCAUAUUGGUCUUUUAUGUGUGCAACAUCAUCCUAAUGAUAGGCCAAACAUGGCCUCUGUGGUCGUAUUAUUGAGCAACGAGAAUGCAUUGCCUCUACCAAAGGAUCCUAGCUACUUAAGCAAAGACAUUUCAACAGAAAGAGAAUCUUCUUCUGAGAACUUUACAUCUGUUUCUAUUAACGAUGUCACUAUCUCAAUGUUGAGUGAUAGAUAGAGAAAAUUACUUUACCUCUUACCAAAUAUUAAAUUAUUUAGUUUUUAUAUUCUCUGACAAUUUUUUAAGCCA